ACGUUUCCGUCGGUGGAGGAUGGGGAGGGACUGGAGGCUGCUUCCGGUCCUGGAGUUUUAGUGGUUCGGGCACGUGUGUCAGUCUCGGGGGUUCCUGGAUUACCCUUCCUCUUGGUGAACUUGGGUUGGAACUUCCUUCAGGCCUAAGGAUGAAGGCGAGAAGAAAUAAAAAACAAGUCCCAAGCUUUCGCAAGUUGCUGAAAACUAGUAAAGUCAAACUUGAAAACAAGCUGAAAAAUAAGCAAUUUAAACAACAAAGCACACUAAAGAAGUACCGAAAAGAACAGAGGAAACUAAGGCAAGCUGUAAAAGAUGCUGCAUCUAAAAAUCCCAUCCCAUUGGAGGACCCAAAGAAAAUACGACCAGUUAAAAGACUGGAGAAGGAAGAGGAAGAAGAAGAGGAAGCUCUUCCUUUAGAUAUGAUGGAUGAAGAUGACUUACAGUUAAUGAAGGACUUAGGACAAAGAGCAUCUUUUCUAACAAGAGAUCUUUCAUCUAGUGAGCCACUUCAUGGCAAGAAACGAAAGCAUGAGCGCAUCAUAGAUAAAUAUGAAAAAAUACCAAGAACUCUGCAAACUGCACCAGAGAAGGAACUGAUUCACUUGCUUCCUAUCAAAGAUAAAAGUGGUAUAAUUCCACAGACCAGGGAGAAACCCGUUAUUGACAGUGACAGAGAUGAAGAGGAUCAAAAAGAAGAGCUGGAACUUGAGGAAGAGGUCAUUGAAGAACCUGUUCGAGAGCUGACUAUAGAAGAACAUUUGAUUGAGAGGAAGAAGAAGCUACAGGAAAAGAAAAUACAUAUUGCAACUUUGGCAUCUGCCAUAUUAUCAGAUCCAGAAAGUAAUAUUAAAAAAUUGAAAGAGUUACGUUCCUUGCUGGUGGAACAAGACCCUGAUGUGGCUGUUACUGUUCGAAAGUUGGUGAUAAUUUCUCUGAUGGAGCUAUUUAAGGAUAUUACUCCUUCAUAUAAAAUCCGGCCCCUAACAGAGGCAGAAAAAUCUACUAAGAUCCGCAAAGAAACUCAGAAGUUAAGAGAAUUUGAAGAAGGCCUGGUUAGCCAAUAUAAAUUUUAUCUGGAAAAUUUGGAGCAAAUGGUGAAAGACUGGAAGCAAAGAAAGCUGAAGAAAAGUAAUGUAGUUUCCUUAAAGGCAUACAAAGGACUGGCUGAAGUGGCUGUGAAGAGCCUAUGUGAGCUGUUGGUUGCUCUGCCUCAUUUUAAUUUUCACAACAACAUCAUCGUAUUGAUUGUCCCUCUCAUGAAUGAUAUGUCAAAAUCAAUAUCUGAAAUGUGUUGUGAGGCAGUAAAGAAACUCUUUAAACAAGAUAAAUUAGGCCAAGCUUCUCUUGGUGUAAUUAAAGUGAUUUCUGGCUUUGUGAAGGGCAGAAAUUAUGAAGUUAGGCCAGAGAUGUUAAAAACAUUUUUGUGCCUAAGAAUCAAGGAGGUAGAAGUGAAAAAAGACACAGAGGACAUUAAUAAACCAAAAAAGUUCAUGACUUUUAAGGAAAAGAGAAAAACACUAUCAAGAAUGCAGAGAAAGUGGAAGAAAGCAGAGGAAAAGCUAGAGCGAGAGCUUCAGGAGGCAGAAGCUUCAGAGAGUACUGAGAAAAAACUUAAACUGCACACGGAGACUUUGAAUAUUGUGUUUGUGACCUACUUCAGAAUAUUGAAGAAGGCUCAAAGGUCGCCUCUCCUGCCAGCAGUUUUAGAAGGUCUUGCCAAGUUUGCUCAUCUUAUAAAUGUGGAAUUUUUUGAUGAUUUAUUAGUAGUUCUUCAUACUCUCAUUGAAUCUGGUGACCUAAGCUAUCAAGAAAGUCUUCACUGUGUACAGACUGCUUUUCAUAUUCUUUCUGGGCAAGGUGAUGUUUUAAAUAUUGAUCCGAUGAAAUUCUAUACACAUCUCUACAAAACACUGUUCAAAUUGCAUGCAGGUGCCACUAAUGAAGGUGUUGAGAUUGUACUCCAUUGUCUCGAUGUCAUGCUAACCAAGCGCAGAAAGCAAGUUUCUCAGCAGCGAGCCCUUGCCUUCAUCAAGCGCCUUUGUACCCUUGCUCUUCAGGUUCUUCCACAUUCAAGCAUUGGAAUUUUAUCAACUACUAGAACAUUAAUGCAUACUUUCCCGAAAACAGAUCUGUUGCUUGACAAUGACUCUCAGGGAAAUGGGGUUUUCCUGCCUGAACUGGAUGAACCUGAGUACUGCAAUGCUCAGAGCACUGCCCUGUGGGAACUGCACGCACUGCAGAGACAUUAUCAUCCCAUAGUGCAAAGAUUUGCAGCUCAUCUGAUUGCUGGAGCACCUUCUGAAGGUUCUGAAGCACUCAAACCAGAGUUGAGCCGAAGAUCCGCAGUUGAACUUUUUGAGACUUACAGCAUGGCAGCAAUGAUAUUCAAUCCUCCUGUUGAAUUUUCAAACUCCAAAAAGAAGGAUAAAUUUUUACAAGGGGAGUCCUUUCUAAAUGAAGAUUUAAAUCAACUAAUCAAAAAACAUUGCAAUGAAGUUGCUACUCAGUCAUCCCUGGAUUUCACCAAAUAUUUAAAAACGUCACUACAGUAGUACAAAAACGAAGAACAGUGGUCUUUUUUGUAUAUUUGUGUGUAUGUACAGAUACGUAUAAAGACAUGUUGUUAACUUAGGACUUUUUAUACAAGGAAAACAUCCUAAGAACGAUUUGGAAGAGGAAGAGUCAUCCUUUUUGUGGCAUGGGGCUCUACCCCAGUUUUGAAAGUGUCAUUUCUUUAAGAAAGGAGAAUUGAAAGCCUUUUUUUUCCUUCCCAAAUGUUUUGGAAGUUUCCUUCUUAACGAACUGUUAAGUUACAGUUUUUCUUUUUUGUUAUAUGAGAAUUAAACCUAGGGAGUGCUGAGCUAAAUCUGCAGUUCUUUUAAUUUUUAAAUUUUGAGACAGUCUCACUAAGUUCUCCAGAUUGGCCUUGAACUUGAAAUCUUCCUGCUACACAGCCUUCUGAGUAACUGGGAUUACAGGUAUUUACCACCAUGCCCAGCUUAAGUUAUAAUAAAAAAAAAGUUUUGGAUUUUAUGUGUGAAUGGUACUGGAGAUUGAGGCCAGGGUCUCCUGCAUGCAUGCUGGGUACCCACUCUACCACUGAGCUCAGUUAUCAGAUCCAAAAGGGCAUAGAGCAUGGAGAAAUUAAGAUUGAGAAAGCUUUUUGCAUUGAGCUAUUCCUAUAGCUAAAUAUUCUUUAAAUAAACACUAUUUUUAUUGCAAUACCAUAGAAAUGAGAAACAUUCUAAAUUUGAGUGAAUAUAAAUUUUAUGAAGGUUUUGGAGAAAAAAAUUGCUUGAAUUUAGACACAUGUUCACUUGCUCAUAUUGAAUGAUAUACCUCAAGAAAUAACCUUGACUUGGUCUUUUUUUUUAAAAAAACAAAUGUUUGUUGUGGCUACUUUCAAACAAAAUUUGGAUAUGAUUUUA